GCUGACAAAUUUAAAAAGAAGAUGAUUAGAGGCAAAAGAAGGUGCAACGGAUGUGGAGAGUUGGGUCACGGUGAAACUAGCUACAAGUGCCGACUUAAUGGCACAAAGAAAAGGAAGAGAAAGCCAAGAAAGAACACCACCAAGUAUGGUGACAAAGCUAAAGUACCAAGCCAGAAAAAGCAAAAGACCAAGACAAAUAUAGAUGACAAUGGUGCAGCCCCAAAUGUACAUGAAAAUGAAGCAAAUAUAGAUGACAAUGGUGCAGCCCCAAAUGCCCAGGAAAACAUUGUUGCUGUCCGAAGUCCAUCAAAGCCAACUAAAGAGUCAAUAAUGCAAGCCAGCCCCCACAGGCUGACUAGAAGUCGACUUGCUAUGCUAAUGGGAGAAGGUGGAGGUGAGCAGGCAACCAUGCAAAAUUCACCCCCCAAGAGAUCACCAGCAAAAAAGCUGAUUCCAAGGAAGUUGAAGACCAAGUGAAAUGAGAACUAAAAAUAUUUGGGCAUUCACUGUG